AUGUCUCCUAAAGCGGUCCUUCAAGAGCCCCGGCCGCUUGCUCCUCACGCCCCGAGGCGCACCUCCGUGGCGCUCGCAGGAUCCGCUUUAGACUUCGGUACCGGCAGCCACGUGAACAACGACAACACACGCGGCCCGGAAACGAUGGCGCGGCGCGGACAUUAG